AUGGUCGCUGCAGAACUUAAGGUAGUGAAGCGCCAGCGCUUCGAAAGUGUGUUUGAUCUUAUUGUCGAUGAUCUUGUCAACUUUAUGAGGGAGAAUGGCAUGCCGCAAGACGCCGUCGAGUGGUACCGCCGCAGCCUAGAGUACAACACCCCCGGCGGGAAACUCAACCGUGGUCUUUCCGUGGUCGACACGGCAGAGAUCUUGCUGUGCACCAAUGACCAAGGCGACAAGAUGCGCGAACUGAGCGAUGAAGAGUACAAUGAUGCAGCGAUUUUGGGCUGGUGUGUGGAGCUGCUCCAGGCAUACUUCCUUGUCGCUGACGACAUGAUGGAUGCGUCAAUUACGCGCCGCGGCCACCCUUGCUGGUAUCGUUUGUCGGGUGUCGGUAACAUUGCCAUUAACGACUCGUUCAUGCUCGACGGCGCUAUUUAUUUUCUACUCAAAAAGUAUUUCCGCACGAAGCCGUUCUACGUGCACCUUUUGGAAUUGUUCCACGACACGACAUUCCAAACCGAGCUCGGCCAGCUGAUCGAUUUGAUUACUGCGCCGGAGGAUGCCGUGGAUUUGAACAAGUUCAGCUUGGACAAGCACCAUUUGAUUGUGGUGUACAAGACUGCAUUUUACUCGUUCUACCUGCCCGUCGCUCUCGCCAUGGCAAUGUGCGGCAUCAAGGACGAAAGUGCGUACAAGUACGCACUUGACAUUCUUAUCCCAUUGGGCGAGUAUUUCCAGGUACAGGAUGACUACUUGGACGCGUAUGGUGCGCCGGAAGUGAUCGGCAAGAAGCUCACUACAGUCGGUACGGAUAUUCGCGACAACAAAUGCUCUUGGAAUAUCAAUGUUGCACUUGCGAAUUCUACGCAGGAGCAGCGCAAGGUGCUCGACGAAAACUACGGUCAGAAAGACGACACGUGCGAGGCGCGGGUCAAGGACGUGUUCAAUGCGUCGAACGUCAAUAUCCAGGGAAAAUUUGCUGCCUACGAGAAAGAAAGCUACGACCGCAUCCACGGACUGAUCAAUGCGUUGCCUGAAAAUGCUGGCUUGAAGCGCGCCGUAUUUGUGUCCUUCUUUGAAAAGGUGUACAAGCGCACCAAGUAA